AGAAAAGAAAUCAUGUCGUUGCAUGAUGGAAUAGAUGUAGCGGAACUGUUGCCAGCCUAUUAUUGUAAUAACUUCCGCUCCAGCCAAGGCGUACCUUGGAGAGGUAUUUGCACUCAUUUUGUUGCCGUAGCAUGUGCGGUGGUGAUGUGUCUUGGGGGGUUUUAUUAUUACCAAAAUUUUUACGAGCCAUACGACAGGCAUAUCCGCGAUGAAGAAAUGACCACAAGCCGUUCUACAGGUUUUGCCAACCUAGCAAGUUUUCAAAGUGUUAAGGAAUCGAAUAGUUUACUUCUCGAUAAUUUAAAAAGUGACGUUAAUUUACUAAGAGAGCAAAUAGAUAGUAUUGAUAUGUGGAGAAUCAAAUUCGAAAAAUUGAUGGAUUCAAAAAAUACAGGAGAAAUAAAUGUAGAAGCAAUGAUCGAGCAUGCUUUAACCAUAUUUAGUUCCGACGAAAUUGGUUUACCCGAUCACGCGGCUUACUAUGCCGGAGGAUCCAUCGCCCAGAUAUCCAAAAACACGCACCCUUAUCCAACGCACAAGCCGCUCUCGCUCUUUAAUCUCGUCCAAUUGGACGUAUUGAGCAGUCCCGAAGAGAUAUUAAGACCUUGCACGUUGCCCGGCAGUUGUUUUGCUUUUCGGGGAUCCACAGGCAGCAUCAGAGUACGACUGGCGGCGGAGAUAGAGGUUUGGGGAGUUACUGUAGGGCACGCGUCGCGGAUCCUGGUAGGAUCGGAUGGAAUGGCUAGUGCCCCAAAAGAUUUUGAAGUAUAUGGAUUUAGAGACGAUUUCGAUGCUCACGGGACAUUCAUGGGAAGCUUCACGUACGACUACACGUCGAAACAACAUCAGACAUUUCCUAUGGUAAAAAACCAUACUCGCGAUAAACUCUUCGGGUUGGUCGAAUUAAGAGUUAUGAGUAAUUACGGAAAUGAAGAAUUUACUUGCAUUUAUAGAUUUAGAGUGCAUGGGAGAAGGGAAUUGGGAAAAACUGGAUCAGCAAGAAAGUGUUGUAACUAGG